AUGCCACCCAAAAGGAAGCCACCUGCUAGUGAGCAAGACGAGGAAUUCAAUUGCUCUUGCUGUGACAAACCCGACUCCGCUGAAGACAUGGUGCAGUGCGAUCGAUGUGAAAUGUGGAAUCACUUUAGUUGCGCUAACGUCAACAGCAGUAUCCGAGACAAGGCCUUCCUGUGCCGAAUUUGCCAAGGUAGGUCCGUAGCUAGUUUUUCUGUAGCUAGUUUUUCAGGAACGGAUUCUGCAUCUGUUGUGGGGUGGGUUACUACUAAAGCCAAUUUAAAUGCAAGCGUCCAAUUAUUGUCAUCAGUGUUAGCAACAACUACUGCUAUAGCUAAUGCGACGGAACCAAACAACGUUAAUGUGAAUGAUACAACCACGACCUCAAUACAUUUUCCUAUGCAUAGUACGACUGAAGUCGCAGUAAUGUGUGGAAAUGCAUCUGAUACAUCGAGUUCAUACGUUUAUGGAUCUCCUGCGUAUAGUACGACCGACGUCGCCGUCGUGCGUGGGAGUGUAUCUGAUCCUUCAACUAAUUGUGUUUAUGAACUUCCUGCGCAUAGAGCGACCGAAGCUGCCGCCAUGUGUGGAAAUUUUCAUAGAGCGGCGGCGGAUGACGCUAUGUGUGAACAUAUUUUAGCCUCCCCCGCCUCAACGACACGUUUCUAUCAGCCAAACGCUGCUGGCACAUCAAUUAGUUCCGUCAAUCCGUCAGUAAUGCCUCCACAGACAAAGACGUCUCAGCCAAAUGCGCAAACAUUAAUGACAAAUUCCCAUAACAUGCCAUUAUCGUCCCUGAGGAACAAAACGAACAAAGAUAACUACGUCAUCGAACAGUUGCAACAAAAAACUAGAUUUCGUUCAAACGAAUCAAUGUCGCCCAAUGGUUCAGCGAACAAGCGGCUUCAAAUUGAGCUGCAGAGAAUUGAAGAAGAAAGGCAGUUGAUAGAAAUUCGAGAUAAGGAAGAGUUGAUGUUACGACGUCAAAGGGAUGCCGAAUAUAUAUCAAAAAAAUACAAGGCGAUGAGUCUGGCAGAUGAUCUCUUUAGCGAUGAAGGUGAAAUCGUCGAUGAAGUGAAAUGCUUAGAUAGAAAUAGAGUUGUUAAGACGAAUUCGCGAAGAUGGAUUGAAGGAACCAUGGAAAAGGUUUAUUCGCACACAAAGACAAACGCGGAUGCAAACCCGAACCACUUCCCUCCGAGUAUUCCUCAACAACAAAAUAUUAAUGAAUCAUGGGGCUGUUCUGGGAUUCAAUCAUCGAUCAAUUUUGACCGACAGCCAACAGGACCAACAGCUGCAACUAGUCAUCUUCCAUUUGCCAAGUCCCGUGAGUCAGCAUAUUGCCAAAAGCAGGAACAUCAACAACUACCACUACUAAUGCCCACCUCGCUGCCUCAUCAAAUCUUUCACCGCUCUAACGGAUGGGCUCCGGAAUCUCUGUCGUCCACUCGUCAUCAUCUGCCUGAUAACAAUCAAGAAAUUCGAAACUUGACAGAUUCUACUCAGCCACUUCACUCGUUUGACAACAUACGAGAAUUCAUACCCCAUAGUUUAGCAGCUCCGCCAUUGACACGAAAUUUACCGGCUUCAACUCACCAUCCAUCAUCGUUUGAAAACGCCGCAGAAUGUACGUUUUCGAAUAGCUUCUUAACGAAGAACAAUUUAGCUGCGAGACAGUUAAUCCGAGAUCUUCCUGCUUUCGAUGGUGACCCUUCAGAAUGGCCACUUUUUAUUGCGAGUUUUAACCGGAGCACGGAACUGGGCCGAUUCAGCGAUGAAGAAAAUCUCAUCAGACUUCACAAAGCUUUAAAAGGCUCUGCAUUGGAAGCGGUAAGGAGUCUAAUAAUUCAACCAAAUUGCGUCGGACGGGUAAUCGACACUCUGAAGAUGCUUUACGGCAGACCAGAACUAAUUAUCAAUACCUUGAUCCGGAAAAUCAGUUCGACACCACCCCCAAAGGCAGAAAAACUCGAUAGUAUCGUCACCUUUGCCAUCGCCGUUCAGAAUCUUUGCGCUACAGUUGAAGCCUGCGGUAUUACUGACCAUCUUAAUUAUCCAAUGCUCACCCAAGAACUAGUAGAGAAACUCCCGCCAAGCCUUCGUCUUAAUUGGGCAAUACAUAAACAAUCACUGUCAUCAUGUACACUCAUGCACUUCAGUAGGUGGAUGUUUUCGCUGGCGGAAGCUGCAAAUGGAGUUCUGGCAACGGCUCCGUCUACUAACGUGGUCGAAAGGAAGGCACAAAAAGGGUGGAAAGAUAAAGCGGUUGUGAACGCGCACUACACCGGCAACACCAGACAAGAAAAUCAAUGCUACAUAUGUGAAGGUGUUUGUGCUUCAGUUGCGGAGUGUAAGAAAUUUAAAGAGGCUAACCGAACAAUCCGAUGGGAAGAAGUGAGGAAGCACAACUUAUGCCGUAGAUGUUUGAAGCGCCAUCUGGGCAGCAGGUGUCAGUCCGAGUCGAUCUGUGGAGAAAAUAAUUGCACCCGCAAACACCAUCGUUUACUCCACAACGUCAACGCUGGGCAAGGUUCACCUACAAAUGGAACCGUAGGAGUGCAUUCCAAAGAACUAUCUGUCAGUCAAAGCUACGUCACCGAUCCGGUCCUGUUCCGAGUAGUCCCAGUCUUUCUCUAUGGGAGAGGAACGAGGAUAAAAACGUUUGCAUUUCUGGACGACGGGUCGUCAGUAACCUUGAUUGAUAAAGAAAUAGCAAAGAAACUAAAUGUUCAAGGCACUCCUCGGCCCCUAUGUCUAAAGUGGACGGGAAAUACGUCAAGGUAUGAGAACGACUCUGAACUAAUCAGCCUGCAAAUAUCUAGCACCUCUACAAAUCCCGAAAGAUUCCAAGUAGCAGACAUUCACACUGUCAGCAAACUGUGCUUGCCAACACAAACAAUGAAUCCUGAUGAGUUGAAGCAGAAGUUCGAACACCUAAAGGGACUCGAUCUUCCUGCGUACUGCAAAGCUACACCAAGAAUACUCAUAGGCGUUAACAAUGCACAGCUUGGAUUCCCGUUAAAAUCCAAAGAAGGAUACCGACAUGAACCCGUUGCGACAAAAACCCGACUUGGAUGGGUUCUUCAUGGGAAAAACUCCGAACGAGAAGUAAACUUAGACAAAUCCUUCAGUCUUCACGCUUGUGAAUGUAAUGGCGUAGAUCUGCACAGUUUAGUAAACAAAUUUAUCUGCGACGACAACUUUGGAACUCUACAGUCAGCAAAGGUACCAAUUUCCGACGAUGAUUCCAGAGCUCUAGACCUGCUUCAAAAACACACAGUACUUAAGAAUGGUAGAUACGAAACCGCACUUCUUUGGAAAUUCGAUACAGUACAGCUACCAGACAGCUAUCCCAUGGCCAGGAGAAGACUACUCUGCCUGCAGAAACGCAUGCAACGCGAUCCAGUUCUAGCUAAGAAGUUGGAAAGCAAAAUUAACGAAUAUGUCAACAAAGGUUAUGCUUGUAAAAUAACACCCCAAGAGCAGAUGAAACAUCAAGAGCGGUCAUGGUACUUACCAGUUUUCCCGGUGGAAAAUACCAACAAACCCGGGAAGAUCCGUAUUGUGUGGGAUGCGGCAGCUGCGGUGCGCGGUACUUCACUCAACUCACUUCUUCUGAAAGGUCCUGAUCAACUUACCUCGUUGACUUCCGUACUCUACAAGUUUAGGCAAGAUAAGAUUGCAAUUUGUGGAGACAUUAUGGAAAUGUUCCACCAGAUUGGUAUUCGAGAGGACGAUCAGCACUUCCAACGAUUCCUAUGGGGCGGUGACGAGAGCAGGCAACCUGACGUUUACAUAAUGACCGUAAUGACGUUUGGAGCAACGUGCUCUCCAUGUGCUGCACAUUUCGUCAAGAAUACAAAUGCCGAUAAGUUUGCGGCAGAGUUUCCGAGAGCCGUCCGCGCGAUCAAAGAAAAUCAUUAUGUAGAUGACCUCAUGGACAGUGUACCAACGGAACAGGAGGCGAUCAAGUUAGCAAAGGAAAUACGACACAUCCAUAGCCAAGGCGGAUUUCACAUUAGAAAUUGGGUCUCAAACUCAACCGCAGUUCUAAAAGCACUACAAUCAACACCAACAGAAGAACUAAGCAUGAACUUGAAUGUUGAGCUGAGCACAGAAAAAGUGCUUGGAAUGUGGUGGUGCACUCCUCUGGGUAGCCUUACUUUUAAGAUCACCUCAGAUCGAAAUCAAAGACAAAUUCUCUUUGAUUCUAAGCGCCCAACUAAGCGUGAAGUGCUAAGGGUGAUGAUGACAAUAUUCGAUCCCCUUGGCCUCAUAGCAUGCCUUCUCAUGUAUGUCAAGAUCCUGCUGCAAGAAAUCUGGCGCUCUAAAAUCGAUUGGGACGACGAAAUUAAGGAUGAGGAGUACCACAAAUGGCUUAAAUGGACAUAUCAUCUUUCCAAGAUUGAAGAGCUACGUAUUCCCAGAUGUUAUGUCUCAUCCGAUUGGGGGUCUGAAAUUCAACUGCACAUCUUUGUUGACGCAAGCGAAAACGGUUUUGCGGCUGUGGCUUACAUUAGAAAUUUGAAGAACGAACUGACGGAGACAGCACUCAUAGGAGCAAAAACUCGAGUCGCCCCUCUUAAAGCACUUACAAUUCCGCGAUUGGAGUUACAGGCGGCACUUCUCGGAGCACGCUUUGCUAAAAGUAUUAUAGACUCGCACGGAAUCACUUUCAAGAGUCGAUAUUUCUGGUCAGAUUCCAAGACUGUUCUCUGUUGGCUCCGUUCGGACCACCGAAGAUACCGACAGUACGUUGCAUUCAGGGUGAGUGAGAUUUUGGAGCUCACUGAUGUAACAGAAUGGAGAUGGAUUCCCACACACAUGAAUGUCGCCGAUGAAGCCACGAAAUGGCAAAGGCCGCCGGAACUCAAAUCAACGAGUAGAUGGUUCAACGGACCAACUUUCUUGAAAUCAACCAUAGACGAGUGGCCACAAGAGGUGAUUGUGGGCUCUACAAUCGAAGAGUUGAAAACACAUUUCGUAUCAGUUCACAAUAUUGGCCAAGAAAACAUCUUUCGGUCACACGAAAUAUCCACCUGGCGAAAAUUACUGAGGAGUACCGCGUAUGCCCUGCGUUUUGUUAACAAUACAUCAACCAGAAGGAAUAAAACACUCAAAGUGAGCGGCCCCCUAUUAAGAAGCGAACUACAGUCAGCCGAAAAUGCAUUGGUGAGAGAGGCUCAAAAAUGUGUAUACGCCGAAGAAAUUGCAGAUCUAACAAUGAACCGUGAUGUUGAACGAAGUAGCCCACUUUUUAACCUUAACCCAUUUUUGGAUGAAAACCAUCUUAUACGAGCUAAUGGACGCAUUUCUCUAAAACAAGAACUCAAUCAAGAUCUCAGACUGCCUGUUAUUCUUCCAAGAUACCAUCGAAUUACGGUGCUAAUUAUCGAAGAUGUUCACUGCCAUUUUAACCAUCAAAGUGAUGAAACCGUCGUCAACACUCUUCGUCAGAAAUUCUAUAUAUCUCAACUGCGAUCCGCUCUCAAAGCUAUCAAGAAAUUAUGCCCACGCUGCAAAAUAAACAAAGCACGGCCGCACCCACCGAUUAUGGCGCCACUUCCUCAAGCGAGACUAGCUUCGUUCUGCCGACCUUUCUCAUAUGUUGGCGUGGACUACUUCGGCCCCUUAUGUGUCACCGUAGGGCGAAGAACGGAAAAGCGAUGGGGAGUUCUUCUAACCUGCCUCACCGUUAGAGCGGUUCACAUAGAAGUUGCUCAUACGCUGACAACGGACUCUUGCAUCCUUUGCCUUCGUAAUUUCAUAGCCAGAAGAGGUACACCGAUUGAGUUCCACAGCGAUAAUGGUACCAAUUUUUGCGGGGCUGAACGAGAGCUGAGAGAAGCCGCAGCCAGUAUUCGGAAAGAUAAACUGAUGGAAACCUUCACCACCACAAUAACUCAGUGGAAGUUCAUACCCCCUGGCUCGCCACAUAUGGGCGGUAGCUGGGAGCGGCUAGUACGAUCUAUUAAAAAUGUUCUCUACUCUAUUAUGCCAUCAAGAAACCCAAACGAUGAACUACUUCGCUCUAUGUUAAUAGAAUCUGAGAACAUAGUGAACUCACGACCGUUGACAUAUAUUCCAAUAGAUCCAACCAAUCCAGAAGCUCUAACUCCUAACCAUUUUCUGUUAGGAUCACAAUGUGGGUCAAAACCAUUAGCACAAUUCGACGAUGACGCAACAGUACUGCGAAAAAAUUGGCUCAUCUCACAACAGUUUGCGGACCGUUUCUGGAAGCGCUGGAUAGCAGAAUACCUACCUACGCUUACCAGACGAACAAAAUGGCUCACUCCGGCAAAACCCUUAGAAGUGGGAGACUUAGUCCUUAUUGUGGACCCAACUAAUCCCAGGAAUAGCUGGCCGAAAGGGCGAAUAGUAAACGUGAAAAGAUCAUCCAAAGAUAAUCAAGUACGAAGCGCUUUCGUACAGACGGCGAAUGGGGUGUAUGAAAGACCCGCAGUCAAGCUAGCUGUCCUCGACAUCAAGACCCCCCCUAACACUUGCCCAGGAGAAACUACCGAGGGGGAGUGUUGA